CCAUCCGCAAUUGUACUGUCACUCCGGACCAACACUCAAGAGUCGCCCCCGAGAUACUCAGCCUUUCAAACUUACGACUUCAUUGUAACUUGCAUUGCACUAUUCGCCUCUCUAAUUCGAGUUUCACGACUUCACAGAGGAUUAGAUUUGGGAUAUAAACUCCUCCGGGGAGGCACAGAAUCGAGAAUGCACACUCAAGCAGGACAAGGCAUUCCAGUGCCCGUCACGAUCACAAACAGCACCAACUUCGACCCCCAAAAAACAAGAACUCCGCAAAGAAUGAAGAAAGUCUGCUGCAUAGGAGCCGGCUACGUCGGCGGGCCCACCAGCGCAGUCAUGGCGACCAAAAACCCUGACGUCUCAGUGACAGUGGUCGAUUACAACAAAGACCGCAUCGAAGCAUGGAAAACCAACGAGCUACCCAUCUACGAGCCCGACCUCCUGGACGUGGUGCAACAUGCGCGAGAUCCCGUGGCCAAACGCAUCCCCAACCUCUUCUUCUCCACGGACGUCGAAGGGGCCAUCGCCGAGGCAGACAUCAUCCUCCUCAGCGUCAACACGCCCACCAAAUCCAUGGGCCACGGCGCCGGUCAAGCCUCUGAGCUUUGCCAUCUCGAAUCCGCCGUCCGCCGCAUCGGCGAAGUAGCCACCUCAGACAAGAUCAUUGUGGAAAAAAGCACCGUCCCCUGCAAAGCCGCCGAAACCGUCCGCGACAUCCUCAACGCAACCGCAAAGCCAGGCCUCAACUUCGAAAUCCUAAGCAACCCGGAAUUUCUCGCCGAAGGCACCGCAGUCCGCAACCUCCUCCACCCAGACCGCAUCCUCAUCGGCUCCCUCAACACCCCGCGCGGCCUCGCCGCCGCCCGGUCUCUCGCAGACUUGUACGCCUCGUGGGUCGACCGCUCCCGCAUCAUCACAAUCAACCUGUACAGCUCGGAGCUCGCCAAGCUGGCCGCAAACGCGCUCCUCGCGCAGCGCAUCAGUAGCGUCAACGCGCUCAGCGCAAUGUGCGAGUCGCUCGGGGCCGACAUCGACGAGGUCUCGCACUGCGUCGGGCUCGACCAGCGCAUCGGCCCCAAGAUGCUAAAGGCCUCGGUCGGCUUCGGCGGGUCCUGUUUCCGCAAGGACAUCCUGUCGCUCGCGUACAUUGCCGAAUCGCUGCAUCUCCCGCAGGUCGCAGACUACUGGCGCAGCAUCGUCGGCAUCAACGAGUACCAGAAAGAGCGCUUCACGCGCCGCAUCGUAAAGUGCCUCUAUAGCUCGCUUUCCAGCAAGCGCUUGGCCGUGCUGGGGUUCGCGUAUAAGAAAGACACGGGGGAUACGCGGGAAACGAGCGCCAUCACUGUGGUUAACAACUUGAUCAAUGAAGGCGCGAAUGUGCGUGUCUACGAUCCCCUCGUUGAAGAAGACCGUGUUUGGGAAGAGGUCCUGGCGAGUAGCGAUCGUCGCGAGACGGUCAAACAGCGUCUUUCGGUCUGGCCGUCGGCGUACGAGGCGUGCGCUGAUGCCGACGCCGUCAUCAUCUUGACCGAAUGGGACGAGUUCAGCAAUAAGAUUAGUGGACCUGGAGAUGCUCGUGGGCGUGGCGGCGAUAGGACGAAGCGGGUGUUGGAUUGGAGUCGGGUUGCGGGCUUGAUGCAGAAGCCCAUGUAUGUGUUUGAUGGGAGGAACGUGUUGGACGCGGCUCCGCUGGAGAAGAUGGGGUUUAGGGUUGAGAGUAUUGGAAAAGGGGUUGUGUGA